GCGUGAAGUUUACCGCUUAAUUGUCGUGCGUUGUUGUUAGUGGCGGACGGGAUCGAGUCGGCUCCCACUCGCUCGUGUCCCUCGAGACCGUGCGAGAGCGAGCCGCGCCAGAGGUUGAGAGAUCUACGCACAUCGCAUAUCCCCAAGUGAUUUCCUCGCGACGAGACAGGUCUCCGCGGACAUGCCCACGCUGAUGCAACCGUCUGACAUCACACUGGUGAGCGACGAGAGCGACAAGACAGACGUCGAAUUCAUAUCGAUGCAUCAUCAGGAGCAACUGCAUCAUCAGGAUGCUACGCAGAAUCGGGAACGCAGCAAGCUAUUGUUGCGUAAGCUAAACCAGACCCAUGAGCGCGAAUGCAGUAAGGAGCGCGAACAGGAGCGCGAGAGGCUGCACCAGUUGCAGUCGAUCAACAAUCUGCUGCUUGAUCUACCACAGCCACCGUCGCCGUCGCAUCUUCCGAAUUUCUCGCAGGAUACCUUCUCUUCCUCCCAAUCAGACAAGAACAUGAGUACCGAUGGUGAUAGUUCAAUUUCAGAUAUGUUCGGUCUGGGCUUGCCCCGGGGUUCUCUGAUGGGAAACCAAUCGACGAUUGGUUCUUCGAGUUAUCGUAAUUAUCAAUACGGUAGUUAUGACCAAACGCAGGGAUCUUCUUUACAACAACAUGAGUAUCAUCGCAAUCACGGCUUCUGCUCAAGUACCUCAGGCCUGGAUAUUCCGAGCUCACCGAAUUCAAUGACCACUCCCGGCAGCCCGAGCACACCUAGCAGCUUCACCUCGGAUCCUUACAGCUACUCGUCCACUGCCAGUAACAGUACAAACACACCGUCCUCACCAACUAGUCGACCAUCCUUUCAAUAUCCGGGUUCUUCAUCAUCGCCCACCGAUUCGUCAUACUUUGGCCGUCCUAUACGAGGCUGUUCUACACCAUACAGUGGCAUUAGUGAUUGUGGCAGCCCAACAUUGGAAUUCUCACAUUUUUUGGGAUGUAACGGCUCGCGUUCCAACUCACCAGCAGACUCGGAAACAAGUGGUAUUGGUAGCGCGGAUGGUUCUUUAUCUGAUAUAAUAAUGAAUUGUUUGUCGCUGAAUUCCUCGUCGAAUUCUUGCUUCCCGCCGUCCCUGGAUUCUAUUAUAUCGAAGACAAACGCGUGUCCGAGCAAUAGAACGGCGUUUGAGCGUAUGGCUGUAAAAAAAUACUUGUCGUCAUUACAACAGAACUCAACAGGCUCGCAUUAUUAUCAGCAUCAUCACGGACUCGGGCAAAAUCGCAGCAAUUUUCUUAAUUCUCUCUUGAAUCAUGAGAAAAAUUGUUGCACCGGUCUUGGAAACGCCGCGCGCAGAUUGCCCCAGCCAGUGUCGCUUGAUCGGGUAGCGAGAUCCCACCGAAAUGCCGCUGCACAUUGUUAUCCAACAUGUACAUGGAGCGGUUUUUUGCCUCAAAGUAUUGAGGAGCCAGUUGCUUACUCUCCCAAAGUUUUUCUGGGAGGAGUACCAUGGGAUGUUACAGAAGCUAUCUUAAUUUCUACAUUUAAACAAUUUGGGCCGGUUCGCGUGGAAUGGCCCGCAAAAGCGCCAUCCGCUCAGCCAAAAGGAUAUGCUUAUAUUAUAUUUGAAUCAGAGAAACAGGUCAGGGCAAUGCUGUCUUGCUGCACCCACGAUAUUACUAAUGGAAAGAGAUGGUAUUAUAAAAUUAUAUCAAAGCGAUCAAAGCCGAAGGAUGUACAAGUGAUUCCAUGGAUUCUCGAGAAUAGCAACUACAUCAAAUCUUCAUCGCAAAGACUCGAUGCACACAAAACGGUAUUUGUUGGCGCGCUACACGGAAUGCUAACGGCCGCAGGAUUGGCGAAAGUCAUGGAUGAUCUUUUCCAUGGAGUUAUUUAUGCAGGUAUUGACACGGAUAAGUAUAAAUAUCCAAUAGGAUCCGGCCGUGUUACAUUCAGUACAAAACAAUCGUACUUCAAAGCGAUCACCGCUUCAUUUAUAGAAAUUAAGACUGACAAAUUUACAAAAAAGGUACAAGUGGACCCGUACAUCGAAGAAUCGAUAUGUUCCGUAUGCGUUGUACAACAAGGACAUUAUUUCUGCCGCGAUGUGGCAUGCUUCCGAUAUUUCUGUCGCAGCUGCUGGCAGUGGCAACACUCCGUGGACUCGAUGUCACAUCACACACCUCUGACGCGGAACUCGAAGACGAAUCAAGUGAUAGGAUUGAGUCCAAAUUUCGGAAUGAACAACUGUUCUCGUAUUAUGUCAAAUGCGACGAUAAUCUAAAGGAGGCGACAUAUGGAAAGAUCUUGUACGCGUGGCUGGUAAAAUUGCUUUUUAUUCCCACGCCUGUCGUCUUCCUCUCCUGUUUUUUGUUCCUUUUUGACUAUACCGGUUAAACCGACGUUGCGCCGCCUGAUCUAGGAAUAAACAUCAGGUAACAGGGUGCAGACUUUGUUUUUAUCGCGUAGCCGCGGACAGCUUAGGACUAGUCCGACGAUACGGGGACACGCCGAUUCACACCGCCGAUUGAGCUUGCGAACGCGCAACGAUUGGUUCAUUAUCGUUACCGUGCGAAAGGACAAGAUAACAAUAUUGAAAAAUCGUGUUUGUUCCAAAAAAGUUCCUAUUGCGAACGCAGUUUUCACUACGUUCGAGAAAAAACGAUAUAUUUUUAUUUAGUAUGUUCACUUAGAGAGACAGGUUCUCUUAUCGAUUUUUUUUUAUUGCUAAAUAAUACUACUAUCGUGCCAAAACAGUAGAUACUAGAUUAUGGCCGUGAUCUUGCAUUAGGAAUACGCACAUAUACACAUAUGUGUAUACAUAAUUUUUUUCAUUAAAAGUCGUGAGAAUAAUGUGGCUUUCACAAUGACAAUAAUUUUUUAUGCGAGACGAUAGGGCUCCGUAGGCAAGUUUGAGCUGGGCUCAGUGAGAAAACGAUACACGUAAUUCUCAGGAAACCUAUGAUAGCAUUAUCAUCAUGCGCUUAUCGUGUUUAAAAGUAUUACGCUUAAUUAUGUAUUGUUACAAUAAUGCGAAGAGAUUAUUCUGAAGUAGUGAGAUAAUAAUUAUGCGAUAAUUAUUUGUCAUUAUUACAUUAAACGCGUGAUCCGAUAUAGCAAUGUGAUAUAACGGGAGACUUACCAGAUAUACCGUAUAACUCGCUAAUUGUUCUUCCAUUAUAUGAUACUUUGUCAAUGACGUUAAAUAUUGUUAAUUUUACGUUAGAUUACAAUGUAUCUCUAUACUCGUUUGCGAUAUAACGUAAGUGCGUUAUUGAUCGCAAUCGACUGGAUUUUUUUGUAUUAGUCGAAGCGAGCGGCUGUCACAUGUAUUUCGCUCACAUGGACUGUUUAACGGUUGACGAAAUGGAGAAAGUACAUGGUCUACGAUUCUGGCGCGGAUUGUAGGGGAAUUGAGUCGUUUUUAUUUUUUUUCCUUUUUUUCUUACUAUGUACAAUUGUGUUGCACCUCUUCUUUGAAUAAGGUUCAAUCAUUCACGCUCGCGUUUCUCCCGUUUUGAUACAAUUUUGUUGAAUUAAAAAACAAGAUUUUUGCAGAUA